AUCAGCCACAGUUGAAGACUGAGGGUCACAGGAGGAGGAAAGCACCACCUUGGUUGUAGGACAGGUAGGAAAACACGCCUUUUCAGGGAACAGGGCUAAAGUCUGAGCCUCUGUAGGGUGAAAAAAACAAAGAAACAAACAAACAAACAAACAAAAAAAGCGGGUAAAAGACGAGGGGAAAAUGAUCUUUCUAAUGGACCUCCAGAUGAUGCUGCUGGAUGUCAUUUACUUCAUCCUGAGAAAUUCUUUGCGGGUUAUCUUGCGUCCACGCACCAAGCCCAUUGAUGGCGAGCUGGUGCUCAUAACUGGAUCAGGCGGUGGCCUGGGCCAUCUCUUUGCUCAGGAAUUCACCAAGCAUGGGGCAGAAGUGGUGCUGUGGGACAUUGAUAGCAAUUCCAAUGAGCAGACAGCCAAGCUGGUGCGUGAGAUGGGGGGAAAGGCGUACACCUACACAGUGGACGUAACCAGCCGGGAGGAUGUGUACCGCAACGCAGAGCUUAUGAGAAAGGACCUCGGCAGGGACGUUACAAUACUAGUGAACAAUGCUGGAGUGGUGGCUGGGAAGCGCAUCCUAGACUGUCCUGAUGAGCUGAUUGAGAGGACUAUGAAAGUCAACUGUCAUGCUCUGUUCUGGACAGUGAAGGCUUUCCUCCCCCAAAUGAAGGCCCAGAAUCACGGACACAUCGUGACCAUUGCCAGCGUCCUCGGUCUCUUCAGCACAGCUUGUGUGGAGGAUUACUGUGCCAGCAAGUUUGCUGCAGUGGGCUUCCAUGAGUCUCUGGCUCAUGAGCUGCUGGCUGAGGAGGUAGAAGGAGUGAAGACUACCCUUGUGUGUCCCUACAUCGUGGACACGGGCAUGUUUGAAGGCUGCAAGAUAAGGGAGGAAGUGGAACUGCUACUACCCCCUCUGGAGCCCCAGUAUUGUGUUGAGCAGGCUAUGAACGCUAUUCUGGUAAACCAGCCAUUAGUGUGUAUCCCUCGCCUCACCUACCUGCCUGUUCUUUUCAGGGCGUUGUUGCCAUGGGAAUCUAACGUGACUGCUUAUCGCUUCAUGGGUUCUGACAAGUGCAUGUACCCCUUUAUUGAAACCACGAAAAAACAAGUGACAAAUGGCUCUGUUGCAGUCGCCUAGUCAUACAUUUUUACACAAAGAAACAACUUUAGGAGUACAAAUGUUAACAAUACCUUCAAAGGUAUUUCAAAGGGUCCACAAUACAUCAGACAGGAGAGAAAAAAAAGAAAGAAAGAAAAUGUGGGUUUUGUGAACAAUAGGCCAAAUUGUCCAUCUGCAGCCAUGAGUCAGUCAAAUGGAAAUAAUAAAACAGACUUUACAUUUUCAGGCUGAUCAUUUGGAAGUCUGUACUGGAUGACAACUCAGCCAAGUAGUCAGCCUCCAAGAAGAUUUCAAUAAUGCUCAUAUGAAAUGUAAAGUGCCCUUGAAAUGUUUUCACCAUAAAUCUGUGAAAUGCCCAAACAGUGAUUAAAUCCUACACUGAUCCAAAUGGGAAAGCUUCUUUAAUAGCUGUUAUGCAAUCCUCUAUACUGUGUUAUAUUCACAUUUAAUAAAAUGACCUA